AUGUCGGGGAAUCCUUCGUCGUCUUCCGCCAAACCGUCAGCACAGGAUGAAAUUGACAUAGAAAAGAUCUUGAAUCGUGAAGCUUCUGCUUACCAGCGCGAGGUAGAAGUCGAUCGCAUACUUAAGGCAUUUAAGCUGAAUCCCUAUGAAAUUUUGGAUAUCGAGGAAACGGCCAGCAUGGAGGAAGUCAAGAAGAAGUACCGCCAGCUAUCACUCUUUAUCCACCCCGAUAAAUGCCCUCAUGCGCGAGCUCCAGAGGCUUUUGAUAUACUCAAGAAGGCCGAGUCUGAACUGUCAAAUAAAGACCAACGAGAAGAGCUCGACAGCGUCAUAAAUCAGGCCCGUAACCUUGUUCUCAAAGCUCUCAACCUUCCUGUGUCUACCUCAAAUUCCGACCCGAAGGUUCAAGGCUUAGAUCCGCCUUUCAAGACCAGAUUAAGGGCUCAAUCCAAACUGUUGUUGAUAGACGAGGAAGUUAGAAGGCGGAAAGCUAUCAAGAUGAAUUUAGCGAAUGAGGGAUUAGAAGCAAGGAAGAAAGAUGAAGAAGUUGCCCAAAGAAAGAGGAAGGCAGAAGAGGAUAAAAACUGGGAAGACAAUCGAGAGCAGCGUGUUGAUAGUUGGCGCAACUUUGCCAACUCGAGCAAGAAGAAGAAGAAGACCAAAGUUACUGUUCUUGGUUGA